CCAUGCCUAUAUUUUAAAAUGCUUAAGGAAAUGGAAUCAUAAUCAAAUACUACCAUAAAUAUUGAGAGCAUUAUUGUUUAUUAUUAUUGCUCCACACACCCCUCAAGCUGAACGUCGUGAAACGAGAGGAAACUUGAAAACAAGAGCUGUGUAGCGAGAAGAUGGCUGGAGAACUUGUGAACCCUAAAGCCUACCCUCUGGCUGAUUCCCAACUCACCAAAACCAUUCUGGAUCUGGUCCAGCAAGCCUACAACUUAAGGCAGCUCAAAAAGGGUGCUAAUGAAGCCACGAAGACGUUGAACAGAGGAAUUUCUGAGUUUGUUGUGAUGGCUGCUGAUGCCGAGCCUCUCGAAAUUAUUCUCCACCUCCCACUUUUAGCCGAAGAUAAGAAUGUCCCCUACGUGUUUGUUCCAUCCAAAAUAGCUCUCGGCCGAGCAUGUGGCGUUACUCGACCUGUGAUUUCUUGCUCGGUGACAUGCAACGAGGGAAGCCAGUUGAAAUCUAAAAUACAAAAACUCAGAGAUGCCAUAGAGAAGCUCCUCAUAUAAUAAUAAAUGGUGUGAAGUCAUCAUAUAUUCAGCAUGAUGGGCCUCAUGAUCUCUGCACUAAAUUGGGCUGUGAUGAGGAGGCCGGCUUUGACUGGCCAUGUUUAUUUUUGUGCUUAGUUGUUUUAUGAAUUUCGUUUUAAAUUAAGUAGUGUCAUAAGG